UUCAGUUCUGGCUGUCAGGCUCCAAGCUGCCAACCGGCAAAACUCCUUCAUGCUACCUGUGUGAGCAGAGCCCAAGAGAAAUCUGGAUCCAAACGGCAAGCAGGAUCAGGGAGGCAGUUGUGGGGGGAACCUGUCCUGUUAAUCCUGUUUGGAGAAGCUGCAGUUCAGCCCAAGAGAGAGGCAAAAAAAAAAAAAAAGGAUCAAAAAUAUUCUGCUCCCAACUGCUGCUAUUGACUUCGUUCCGGGGAGUUUCAUAACACUGUUUACCCUUCGUGUUUUAUCAUAUUCUGUGGGAUUUUGAAAGCAAAGAAGGAAGUGGACGGUUGAGAGGCUGGUGGAAAGGAAUGAGCAGGAUCUGGAUGCAGCUGCAGCUUUUAAGCGUCCUCAUGCAUCAAGUUGCUACUGUCUAGUUCUUCUAACCUACUUGCAAGAGUUGGGGAGAGAAAGAAACCUGAGCAGACCUUCUCUCUGGCCAGGACUUUUCAUUCAACUGAGAUGAGGUGAUGAGCAGAGCAAGGAACUGAAAACAUCCAAAGACAGCAAAGUGUCAGGAGAGAAAAAGCAAAAAGGAAACUGAGGAAUCGCAACAGAGCUACGGAGGAGGGGCGAUAUUUGCUGCUAAUUGUUACACUCAGGGAUACACAACGCUAAGUUAUUGGGUUUGUUUGUUUUUUUAAAAAAGACUGGGAAAUAAUCAACUUGUUUUAUUUAUACUUCUGGGACUGGGACUGGUGGAUUCUCUCCACUUUUGGGGUUGCAAAGAAUGGCUCUCUCUCAGGUCCAGUGUCUGGAUGACAGCCAUGUCAACUGGAGAUCCAGCGAAUCCAAACCAGAGUUCUUCUACAGCGAAGAACAGCGGCUAGCUCUGGAAGCCCUGGUCUCGAAAGGCCCAGAAGCCUUCUAUGAGGUCCUCAAAAAGGAGAACAUCCGGGACUUCCUUUCGGAACUGGAGCUUAAAAAGAUCUUGGAUACGCUGGAAACCUAUGACCCUGGUUCGGAAUUCAUCCCCCGCGGAGAUGUGCAUGUCGAGGCGAACAGCCAGAGCGAAGAACUGGGCCCGGUGCCUUCUUUGGAGUACUGGCCAGAGAGGUCUGAUCGGUCCAUUCCCCAACUGGACCUGGGGUGGCCAGAGACAGUUGCUUACCGAGGUGUGACUCGAGCCACGGUCUACAUGCAGCCCCCCAUCGACUUCCAGCCCCACAUCAAGGAGGUCGUCCGCAAGAUGAUCUUCCAAGCUCAGAAGGUCGUUGCUGUAGUCAUGGACAUGUUCACUGACGUGGACAUCUUCAAAGACCUCCUGGACGCAGGGUUCAAGCGGAAAGUGGCCAUCUACAUCAUCCUGGAUGAGUCCAACUUGAAAUACUUCCUCCAGAUGUGCGAACGAGCGCAAAUGCACGCCGGGCACCUAAAGAAUCUCAGAGUCCGCACAACAGGGGGCACUGAAUUCUUCACCCACUCGGCCACAAGGUUCAAGGGCAACUUAGCGCAGAAAUUCAUGUUUGUGGACGGUGACAAAGCCAUGUGUGGGUCCUACAGCUUUACUUGGUCUGCUGCUAGAACGGACAGGAACGUGAUUUCGGUCCUCACGGGCCAGGUUGUGGAGGCCUUCGACAAGCAGUUCCAGGAACUGUAUCUCAUGUCUCGAGGCAUCAGUCUGAAGUCCAUCCCCGUGGAUGAGGAGCCUGAACCAGAGCCCAUGAUCCUACCAUCUAUCAUGCCUGUGAACCCAUCUAACGCCGCUGUCAAGAAAAUGGUCAACCCCAAGUAUGCCCUCGUCAAGGCGAAGAGCGCCGAGCAGAUCAGCAGCAGCCACGCCAGCAGUAACAAGAAUCUUGCUGACCGUAAACGGGCUGAAGCCAAGGGCAAUGCCAUUCCAGAGGGCCGGGUCUCCGAGCGACCGAGCGACAUGGUUGAGAUGGCGCCCGCUCUCCACCCGGGGCUCGUGAACUUGGAGAAGGCCAACAUGUUUGAUUACCUGCCCACUUGGGUAGAACCCGAUCCAGAACCGGGGAGCGAGAUUUUGGGCUACAUCAACAUUAUUGACCCCAAGAUCAAGAACAUCCAGCUGUCCCAGAUCAAUCGCAUCAAGGUGUGCGAUGUCUCCCAAGCCAACGCCCAGCAUAAGCAGAUGCUCAAGCAGAAAGCACAAGAAGCAAAAAGGAACCACAACAGCCAGCCUGCCUCCAGUUCUCCUCACCAGCUGGAGCCUGCCUCUCCCUCUGUCCCCAUGCAGGAGGUCCCGAACCUUGUAGCCAGCCCCAUGGACAAGACUCCAAGGAAACUGGAGAAUGGAGAAACCUUUGCAACGCUGGCCAGCAGUCAGCAUCUAAAGAAACUGGACGUACAAGUUCACGACCAAACAGAUGCCAAGGACAUUGCUCCUCCAGUCCCAAAACCAAGGACAGUCCCCGUGACAGACCUUACCUCCAUGAAAACCGCAAAAGUGGAGGAUGGCGCUGCCACAGAGGAUGGCCCCCAGGCAGAGGGAGGUGGCACAAAUGGAAAGCACAGUGAGAACGCCGCACAGGUUGAAGACCCAAGGAGUCAUCACAAACUGAGCAGGCAGACAGCUGUGUCCGCAGAAGCAGUCCCCGGUCCUGUAAAUGGGGUGAAAGAGGAUGAGGCCGAAGAAGAGGAUUUCAUAACACUCAGCAACCACGGGAGCUUGUCUGGCAGCUCUGCCAACCACAGUCACCGCCGCUCCAACGCGUCCUCCAUUUCCGACGAGUACUUUGAGGUGCGAGAGCAUGCUGGGCUCCUCCGGAGGACCAACUCCGACUUCUUCCCCAACGGAAGUGAGCACGACCCUCAACAGCACCCACGCUUGCAAAGGAAACUAAGCGAGCCCCACAUGAGCCGAGGCACCUUUGUGAGUCCUUUGGGGAGCCCCCAGCCGAUACUCAGCGUGGGUCUGAAUGAGGCCUUCCAAAGCAGGCGGAGAAGCGACAGUGUAGAAGAAAUUAGGUGUGUUUUGGGAAGGGGCCAUAACCUGCAUGCUUUACCCGACGGCCACAUUACCUGUCCGAGCAAUGCUCCACAGGGACCACAGCUCUUCUGCUAUGGAUCGAGGGUCCAGCUCCCUACAGGAAGAGGCAAGAGUGGCGCACCCCAAGGAAAAAACCCAGGAGACAGCAAGUACCACCAGGACACAAGCAGGGCCAAAAAAGCCUCCCCUGGCCCAGCCUGCCCACCAUACUGGCAGAACAAAGGCUUCAGUUCCAGCAAGAACACCCAACCCGCCGCCCGCUUCUCCCAAGGAGGCAAAAGCCCCUCCAGAGCAACCGGCAAUCCAUCCACCCCGUUCAAAGAAAGCCAGAGGGCAUCAGAAGAAAUAAGGACUCCGCUGGGCAUCCCUCUCUCCAAACUGUCGCAAUCCAAACACCUCAAGAACAGGGCUGGCCAGUGGUCCGAUUCCAAACGGAGGCAGCAGGGAGCCGCCGGCCGCAAGGACCAGUGAGGCUGGUGGUGGAGAAGUCCUUCUAGGGAACACACCAAAGUGCCCUGGAGCACGCCCUGUGGUUCAGAGACCCUGCCCACCGCAAAGGAGCACUGGGGGUUUGUGCAUUAGCCCAGCAAGGAGAGGGAAGGGUUGUGUUUAUGUUUACCUGGUCCGUGCACCAGUACCAUGUGGCCAAAACCGAGAGCCCAAACGUCAUGCCGGUCCAGGGCAGGUCUCCGGAGACGGGAUCCCGGAAAAGGUGCAUCGCGUCCAGCCGGGGCAGGUGGCAGGUUGUGUUGGGGAUAAUCUUAGCGGGGAUGGCCUUCAGGUAGGCCUCUUCCAGGUUGUGGUAUCCACCAAUCUUGUCAAAAGCUGGAAGGGGAAGAUGGGGGAGCCUAUUCAAAAGAGAAAUGCUCUCCAUGCGUGGAUAACCCUCCUAGCUGCUACGUCAUCUUUGCACCUUUCUCUAGAAGGGACUCGGGCAUGAUUUCUAAGGAGAGGAGCAGAAACAGGAGGGGGAAGGCAAGGCUACUCAACCGUGCAGUUCUCUCUUACUCUAAAACUCUUUUAAGCAGACAGUUUGCACAGUUUUUCAGUUCCAGCCUCUUGCAAAAGAUUCAUUCCUCAACCAAAUUUGUCUUGGCCAGAGAUGGUACUGUUAAAAAGCAGCAUAGCAACAAUUAAGAGGCUAGUUUAAUUUUAAGAAGAGUUUGGCAGCCUGGAAUGAGACGGUGCAAGGCUGCCAUCCUCAGAGACAAUAUCCCUGCAUCCCCUUCUCCCUCUCUCCCACUGCAAAAUGCUUGACACAAUAUCGCUAUACUUCACGUGUGCAAUGAAUUCGAGCAAAGGAGGUCCAGGGAGGAUGGAGCCCCAAUCAUGGCACAUUGCAUAUUUCUUCUAUGAGACCCUUUGGGGGAUACUCGAGCGGUAAAGCACCUACUUUGUAUGCAAGAAGUUCCCGUCUCUGGUGUGUCCAGUCAAAUGACAGGAGCUCAAAUGAUAGCAGGGGAAACCCCUUCCCUGAAACGUUAGAAGAGAGCUCCUGCCACUCAGAACUAGAGGCUCUCAAACUUAGGCCCGUAGAUACUGUUGGACCACAACUUCCAUCACUCCUUUUGGCCAUUGUGGGGCCAAAAGGUCAACAUCUGGCCCCCCGAGUGACAAGGUUCUCAGACAGCAAGGUUGGGAAAGACCUGCUUAACUUGGAAAGCAGCUGCUAGUCAGAGUAGACAGCCCCAGACAAGGAAGACCACAAAGUCUGACUCAUUUUGCUCCUUCAGAUCUUUGCAAGUGUCUGAUUGUUGAGUGGCGUUAGCAAGAACUGAAUCACCUUAGGAAGCCAGAGAGAGAGGGAGAGGGAGAGAGAGAGAGUGAGACACCAGGGUGAGCCAGAUAGAUGCUUCUUGUGAAGAAGCCUGGGACUAAAGCAAGCACCCACAAAUACCGCAAAGUAAAGCCACCCUCUUGAGAAAGUUAAUGAUUUGAAGAUGUUUUGGGGUGGGGGGGAUUUAUGGCCUUUGUGGUGAGCGCCAACAGGAAUUAGUGAUUCAGGUUCUUUUCAAAGCCUUGUCAUGGCGACCAAGCGGUGAGCCAACCAAGCAGGGCGAGCCUCAGAACCACAUGAUCCACUCUUAUUCAGCGUUUGUUUACAAUCCAUUAGUUAGUUAUUUAUUGCAUUCAUAUACUGCCCCAUAUACAAAUCUCUGGGCGGUUUAUGGAUUAAAAGCACAAACAAUCUUUAAAACAUGACAUCAUGUAAAACAGUUUAAAAUAACUAUUAAUAAAACUUUAAAACACCAUGAACUAAAAUCACAUUAAAACAGCCAGAGACGGGGAGGUUCUGGUUUCGUCUGGGAGCGCAUUCCAGGGUUCUGAGGCAACCCUAGAAAAGGCCCGGUUUGGGGUCGCCACCAAGGAUGGUGGCGCUAACUGCAACCGGUUUCAGGCAGCAGUUUUCCCAGCCCUACCUGGAGAUGCUGCCAGGGCACCUCCUGCAUGCUAACCAGAUGCUCUUCCAUUAAGCUACAGCCCUUCCCCUACACGAUUACACAGGUUGGAUAGGAAGCUGCCUUCUACUGAGUCAGACCGCUGGUUCAUCUAACUCAGUAUUGCCUACUCUGACUUCUCUGACUUCUCGCUUCCUACGAUGACAUCCCCUCCAGCGUUCCACAGAAGAAAGCGGAGACAUGAUUGGAGCUCUCCAGUUCUCCCCCGAAGGAUCCCUUUGCAAAUCCCUUGGCCAGCUCUCCAAGAUGAACAUGGAAUCUCCACAAAUCUGCAUCCAUCUCCAGGUCACUGUUGAAAGCAACCCUGGAGAUCUGAAUGAAUCAACAUUGUGAGAUCAUCCUGGAAAGAAUAUCCGUGGGCGGAGGGGCCCUCCAAGGAGAACUUGAAUCAGAGUUGGCAACCCUACUUGGCCCCCGCUCUCCCAUAAGGUUCACACCUGAUGUUCAUUGACUGCAACGCAAUUUGAUAGUAAAUGUGGCUGAUCAGGCGCUUCCCCAGACAGCAGGCUUUUCCGCAGGUUUACUGCGAGUUCAAAGUUGCCUGAAAAAGCCGACGCGAAAGGUGGAUUUUUUUUUCCGCCCUGGAUAUAAAUUGGGCUACACUCUAACAUGUGAUGGAAAACCCGAAUUGUGUGUGAUGGGCUCCCUGAUAGCUUGCAGGGGCUUCGGGGGUAAAUCUGGUGGAUAUGUGAACACGCACUCUCCAUUCCGGAGGAGAUGCGAACUAAAAGUUGGGUGUGAAAAACGCCCAGGCAAGUGAUGGGGUGGAAGAAGAAAGGAAGCCACAUGUGGGCAUUUUGCAUGUGCAUUUAACACACAUGUUUGCUGGAGUUGAGAUGCAUACACACACACCUCUAGGGACCUAGACAGGGGGGCUGAAACCUGAAAAAUGGCAACUUCAGCCACUUGCACGAAGAAAAAAUGUGUUUUAUUUUAAAUCUCCAUAAUUUCUCCAAAAAGGCAAAAUAUGGGUUUACCCAAGCCAAAAUAUUACCCAAGUCCAGGACAAUCUGUUCAUAUAAGGGAUGGCUGCUGUUUGGAGUUAGCCUGGUUGUACAGCCUCCAAAGAAAUUGUUUACACUUUUAGAAAUAACAAAAACUUUAAAUAAAAAUAAAUGUGGAUUUA